UGAUAUAUCCAACAAUUGUGCUUGACCAUGCCCAGCGGACGGUUCGGCUGCAGUGUUUAAAUUUAGUAGUGAAAUUUUCAGUUCUGUGUUAACCUCUUCAAAAGAGCACCAAAAAAUAAAAUAAAAGUUAAUAAUGCAACUACCAUUCGCUAUCAUUAUUGUGACAUCAAUUAUAUUUAAAGGUAUACGAUGUGGACCAGUCAAAAUCGCUGAGGAUACCAAAUUUAUCGUCCUAGAUGAUGAUGAUGAUGAUGAUAUGGAUCCAACUGUAUUGGAAUGCGAUUAUGAAAUCAAGGAUACGGAUUCAUUUCUAACUGUCAAGUGGUUUAGAAAUGAUAAAACCAUAUAUCAGUGGAUACGUGGCUCGCAUCCAGCACCAAUUCCGGAAUAUAAAAAUGAUGUAGACAGCUCCUAUGAGAGCUCCAUAGACCCAAAUAAACAGUAUAGUGCACUGGCCCUGAUUAAUCCUUCGAUAAGUUCCACUGGAGACUAUAAGUGUGUUGUCCAAACGAGUAAGGAGACGAUAACCAUUCACAAGAGCGUACAAGUUAUCGAUGUUCGAAAUUAUACACUGAACAUGUAUCGUUAUCAAAUUCAAAAUGAGACUCAAUUGGAGUGCGUAGUCACCAAUGUAUUCCCCAAGCCAACAUUAAGCAUAGUAUCUGAUGAUGACGAUGACAUUGUUAAAGUUGUGGCCAACGAUCCUAUUGAGGAUGAGAAUGGUUACUUUAAUGCAACCAUUUUUGCUGUCGUCCAGGAUAAUGAUGAUGAUGUCGAUUAUCACAAAUGUCUUGUGACUUUUGAGGGAUAUUCACAGAAUUUGACUACGGUAAUAACCUCGGGAUCUGUAUGUCUGCGCUGCAUAGAUUUUCGAAUAUUAUUAUUAAGUUCCUUUGUGUAUUAUUUAUUUAUUUCCCAUCUUAAUAUUCUAGUUUAAAUAAAUAUUUGUUGUUUUAUUGUUGGAAAAAAA